AUGCGCGACCGCGAGACGGGCCGCUCACGUGGUUUCGGUUUUGUGACUUAUAGCUCUGAAGAGGAAGCCAGCAAUGCCAUUAGCGGCCUCAAUGAAACAUCGCUCGAUGGACGCCAAAUCAAGGUCAACCUCGCCAACGCUCGCCCGAGCCAAGGCGGUGGCGGCUAUGGAGGCGGUGGAACUGGUGGAACUGGUGGCUAUGGUGGCGGCCAGGGUGGAUAUGGAGGUGGAGGUGGCGGAUACCAAGGAGGUGGCGGCUACGGAGGUGGCCAAGGCGGCGGUGGAUACGGAGGAUACGGCGGCGGUUCUGGUUACGGUGCCUCGGGCUAUGGUAUGUUUUUUUUGGGCUUGCUGACUCUUUCUUUGUGGUGUAUCGAUGAUCCUCAACGUUCGGCGAAAUUGCAGGUGGCGGAGGUUAUCAAGGACAAGGAGGCGCAUAUGGCGGUGGAGGAUACGGUGGUUCGGCCUAUGGCCAACAAGGUGGUGGCGCAGCUGGUGGUGGAUAUGGUCAACAAGGCUACGCCGGUGGCCAAGCUGGCUAUGGAGCCGGUCAGGGAGGUUAUGGGGCCUCGGGAGGAAGUGAAUAUCCGGCUCAAGGCGGUCAACAAGGUUACGGCGGAGGAGCAGCUGGAUAUGGAGGCUACAGCCAGAGCGGCCAAGGCUACGGCGGAGCUACCUCAGGUGGCCAGGGCGGCUAUGGUGGCACCGGAUACUAAGCCUGGAAAUGCACCAAGUUCAACUGCGUCUCGUCUAUGCCGACUCGAUCUGGUCUCCCCUUCCAUGUUUCGACACCCACAUUCGCUUCCGACUUGA